GCAGCUCCCUUUUGCCUCUGCAUUCUUAUUCCAUCUGACAAGCCUGGCAUCAUCAAUUCAUCUCUGGUGAGCUUCUCCAACUGCAAUUGGACCAGAACAGCCCGAAUCUGUUCUGUUUGCACCUCAUCCCACCACUUACCAGCAGACGCUCAUCCUCUGUCGCGUGUGUCUGCAGCUCUUAGCUCUUAGCUCUUCGCAAUGACAGAACCAAUCGCCGAGACGCGACCAGUCGAGGAGGCUGCGCCUGCCGAGGAGACGACUGUCGACGAGACGAUCAAAGCCUCUACUACUGAAGAAAUAAAGGCAGAGGCAGAGACAGAAGCCAAAGCAGAUGUAGAGACAGGGACAGAAACCCCAGCAGUGGCUACGGCCGACUUGGAGCUUGAGGGGGACGAUGACAUCAAGUCAAAAAAGGUCACUCUCGCCGACCUGAGCGCCAAGGGCACUGCGCUCUAUGCCCACAAGAAGUACGAAGCAGCCGCCGACAUCUUCUCGAGAGCGAGCAUCCUCCAAGCCGAAAUCAAUGGCGAGCUGGCGCCAGAGAACGCUGAGAUCCUCUUCCACUACGGACGCAGCUUGUUCAAGGUUGGUCAGAGCAAGAGUGAUGUCCUCGGUGGCUCCGCUCCCGCUCCCGCGGAGAAGAAGACAAAAUCAAGCAGCGGUGCGCCCUCUAAGAAAGCUACCAAAGCGGACGAGGGAGAGGGAGCUCAGGAAGGCGGGGCCGAACAAGGAAAGGACAAGAAGAACGAGGAGAAGGACGACGUUCCAGAAGGAAAGAAGCUCUUCUUCCAGUUUACGGGCGAUGAAAACUUUGACGAGUCUGACGAAGACGAGGGCCAGGAAGAAGGAGACCAAGACGAAGAGGAAGACGACGAUCUUGCCACUGCCUUUGAGAUUCUCGAACUCGCGCGCGUUUGCUACCAGAAGCAGCUGGAUCAGCUGAGAGAGGAGGAAGCGCAGGGCGAAGACGAGAGCAAAGGCAAGGGCAAAGAAGUCGCCAAAGAAGACUCCUCGGCCGUCAGACACAUCAAAGAGCGUCUUGCAGAGACCCACGACUGUCUUGCUGAAAUCUCUCUCGAGAAUGAGCGGUAUCCUAAUGCGAUCGAAGACGGCCGUACAUCUCUCAACUACAAGGUAGAGCUCUACCCUGAAGAAUCCGAAAUCAUUGCCGAGGCACACUACAAGCUUUCCUUAGCGCUAGAGUUUGCCUCCCUCACAGUUGCCGAUGAUGAGGGCAAGAACACCAAGCGCGAGGAGAUUGAUCAGGGCCUGCGCGACGAGGCUGUCGCCGAAAUGGAGCUUGCCAUUAAGAGCUUUAAACUUAAGAUGCAGGCUAUCGAGGUCGAGAUUGCUAGCUCAGCGUCUCCAGAGGAUAAUGAAUUGUCUCGCAAGGCUGUUGAAGAGAUGAAGGAUGUUAUCGCUGAACUGGAGCAAAGGCUCGUGGACCUGAAAAAGGAUCCUCUCAGUGCGAAUGACCUGCUAGGUGACGGAGCCAACCCUCUGGGCGGCAUCCUCGGCGCUGCCUUUGGCCAAUCCGCUGCCGAGGUACAGGCGCGCGUCGAAGAGGCUAGUAAGAACGCCGUCGACCUGACGAGUCUUGUUCGCAAGAAGAAGGCCAAGGACGACGAUGCCGUCAACGGCAGCGGUAAUACUAAGCGCAAGGCCGACGAGGAGUCUUCUGAGCUUGAAACGAAGAGGACCAAGGUGGAUGAGGAGGAGCAGACCGCCGAAGCUGAUAAAUAAGCCUGCUAUCCACACACCCUACUUUUACUUGAUUCUGCCCGGUUUGAAUUUGUUUUCGACGAGAGGAGAUUCUGGGAAUGAACGCUGCGUUUUCAGUCGGGGAGUUUAGGGCGUCUUAGGAGGGAUGGGAAAGGGGGGAGAAGAUGAAUCGAGCUUGAUAUUGGAAAACCCAUACCCAUUGUGGUUCCUGUGGUGGGGAGAGCUUAUGAGGGUGAUGGGAUAAGGCAAGGAUGGAUGGAUGGGUGCGAUGCCUUCGAUUUUGCUACAUGACGAUUUAAUUCUGUAUGAGAUUGGAAUACCAACGAGCAAUUGAUGCCACCCCCC